UGAGGUUUGCUUGUGUGUAUUGCACGAUGGGGGAGGAACUGGAAAGGUUACAGGCAUCUUCCUGGACCCUGUAAGAAAUGACUUCUGCAGACAGAUGGACACGCUUCUCCACUUAGGAGGCCUGGCUUCUGCUUAUCUCCAGCAGGUUUAAUUCUGAAUUCAAAGUCUGCUUGAGUAAGCUCAGUUUCUGGAUCUAGGUACUGGACCAUGCUGGCAUCCUUUUUCAGCUAAGGAGUUGGGGUUCUGUAUGACCCUAUGCCGGCCAGGAAAAAAUACAUUUUCAUGACUUUCUUCGCCACGUGGCUUCUGCUUUUUUUCUUUGGAGGAGACCAGCUGAGACGCUUUGCCUUCAUCAAGAAAUCUGGAGCCCCCGGGAGCUGGCCCCGCUGGGCUGAUGGGUUUCUCUUGAAGAGCUUUGCGGAUCCUGAAGAGCUCCAAGGAGAAAAUGGGGACCGCUAUGACGAAUCCCCCAAAGAUCGGCGAGAGCUGAGACGAAACAUCUACAAGUACAGUCGGUGCCGCAUGGAGACCUGCUUCGACUUUUCCAAGUGCAGGGAGCAUGGGUUCAAAGUCUUUGUCUACCCUUCGGAAAGUGGGGACCCUGUGUCGAAAAGUUACCUCAAAAUCAUCACCUCUCUCGAAGAGUCGCGGUAUUACACGCCCAAUCCCAAAGAAGCCUGCCUCUUUGUCCUGAACACGGACACCCUCGAUCGGGACCAUCUCUCGAUCCAAUAUGUGCACAACAUCAAUGAAAAAAUCCAAGGCUUCCCUUUGUGGAACGAUGGCCGGAACCACCUGAUCUUUAAUCUUUAUUCUGGCACCUGGCCUAACUAUACUGAAGAUCUCGGCUUUGACAUUGGCCAGGCUAUCCUUGCCAAGGCAAGCUUUUAUGCUGAGCACUUCCGCCCAGGCUUUGACAUUUCCAUCCCUUUGUUUUCAAAGGACCAUCCCCAGAAAGGAGGGGAGAGAGGCUGGCUGCAUAAAACCUCUCUCCCGCCAAAGAAAAAGUAUCUUUUGGUUUUCAAAGGGAAAAGGUACCUGACUGGCAUUGGCUCCGACACAAGGAAUGCACUGCACCAUAUCCACAAUGGCAAGGACAUCAUUUCGCUGACCACGUGCAAGCACGGAAAAGACUGGGAGAAGCACAAGGACCAAAGGUGCGACAAGGAUAACACAGACUACGAGAAAUUUGACUACCAGGAGCUCCUGCACAACUCCACUUUCUGCAUCAUUCCCCGAGGGAGACGUUUGGGAUCCUUCCGGUUCCUGGAAGCAUUGCAGGCCGCCUGCAUCCCUGUGCUGCUCAGCAACGGCUGGGAGCUGCCGUUCUCGGAGGUGAUCGACUGGAGUAAAUCGGCCAUUGUAGGGGAUGAGAGGCUCCUUCUGCAGAUCCCCUCUACAGUCCGAUGCCUCCCCAGUGACAAGAUCUUGGCCUUCCAGCAACAAACCCAGUUCCUUUGGGAAGCGUAUUUCUCAUCUGUGGAGAAGAUUGUGCAAACCACGCUUGAGAUCAUUAAAGAUCGGAUCUUUCAUCAGGUGUCCCGCCCAAGGUUCUUCUGGAACACACUGCCAGGCGGGCUGCUGGCAUUGCCCGAAUACUCCACCCACCUCAGCGAUUUCCCAUUCUACUAUCUGCAGCAGGGAUCAAGCCCUUCCAGCAAGUUUACAGCUCUCAUCCGGGCAGUUUCUCCAGUUGUUUCUCUCUCUCAGCCCAUCCUCAAGCUCAUACAAGCGGUAUCCAGAUCUCCCUACUGUGCCCAGAUUGUAGUUCUGUGGAGCUGUGAGAAACCACCGCCCCUGAGCACCAAAUGGCCGCAGACGACUGUUCCUUUGACCAUCAUCCAUGCCAGCAGCAAAGUCAGCGACCGGUUUUUGCCUUACUCAGCUCUUGGGACUGAGGCUGUGCUAAGCCUAGAUGAACACACCAGCCUUUCAACUGAUGAGGUUGAUUUUGCCUUUACGGUGUGGAGAAGCUUCCCUGAUCGGAUUGUUGGCUUUCCCAUGCGUAGCCACUUUUGGGAUACCAGCAGGAACCAAUGGAGUUACACCUCCAAGUGGACAAAUGAAGUUUCCAUGGUCCUCACUGGAGCUGCAUUCUACCACAGGUAUUAUCACAGUCUCUUUACCCAUUAUUUGCCUGCGAGAAUAAGGAACUUCAUUGAUCAGAUUGCCAGCUGUGAGGACAUAUUGAUGAACUUCCUGGUUUCAGCUGUCACAAAACUACCUCCCAUCAAAGUGACCCAAAAGAAACAGCACAGAGAUGUUCCUUUGCCGCAGCUGUUGAAGAGUGCUCCUACUUCCAACGGGAACCUUCGUUUCUCCCAGCGCCAGGAAUGCGUGAACCAGUUUGUGGCCUGGUUCGGUUACAUGCCUUUGGUGCAUUCUCAAUUCCGCCUGGACCCUGUGCUCUUCAAAGACCAGGUGUCUGUGUUGCGCAAAAAAUACCGCCAUUUGGAGAGAGACUAGGCCAAGGGAAGAUGAAUCUCUCAGGGAGGAGGAAGGCUGGCGGAGGCAGAAGCAGCCCGCCCCCUACUGGAGACAAACAGCCCUCACAGCUGUACAGAUUUGCUACAUGUCUGGAUGAGGCUACAUGGAUUUUGGUCUGUCGCAGGCUUUGGAGGAACUGCUGCAGUCAUUUCAUGAGACUGUAGGCUGCAUUCCUUAGCGGGGCGCCUUCUGAUGUUAGAUUCUGAGAAGUGCAAACUCAUUCCACUGGUAACCUAUGGAGAUGCCAGUUGAAUUUCCAGUCUUUAUUGGGUUUUACCAGUACAAGUAAAGGUUUGCAGGAAAU